GGUGAGAGCUGGGUGGAAGGCGGAGUUCGGGGAGGAAAAGGCGGCAGUAAAGGCCAAGGGGGCGGGGAGGGAGAGAAAGAAAGGCAGAUCUCGCGAGAACACACGGUUACCGUAGUGGGGCGUCGCGCGCUGGCAGCGGGCGAGUGCGGACGUACGUACGUACGUGCGUGCGUGCGAGAGGAGCCGCAGCAGCCGCGCGCGGACGGUUCGCUCUCGCCCGUUAGCGCCAGUGCCGUCGCCGCCGCCGCCCCGCGCCCCUCCGCGCCUCGCGCCCCGCUCGCCACCGCCAUGUCCCGCUACCUGCGCCCGCCCAACACAUCCCUGUUCGUGAGGAAUGUGGCCGACGACACCAGGUGUGUGUCUGAAGACUUGCGCCGGGAAUUUGGUCGUUAUGGUCCCAUAGUUGAUGUGUAUGUGCCACUUGAUUUCUACACUCGUCGUCCAAGAGGAUUUGCUUACGUUCAAUUUGAAGAUGUUCGUGAUGCUGAAGAUGCCCUGCAUAAUUUGGACCGAAAAUGGAUUUGUGGACGUCAAAUUGAAAUCCAGUUUGCACAAGGGGAUCGCAAAACACCAAAUCAGAUGAAAGCCAAGGAAGGGAGAAAUGUAUACAGCUCUUCUCGUUAUGAUGAUUAUGACAGAUACAGGCGAUCCAGAAGCCGAAGUUACGAAAGGAGGAGGUCUAGGAGUCGUUCUUUUGAUUACAACUACAGAAGAUCUUAUAGUCCUCGAAACAGUAGACCUACUGGAAGACCACGCCGUAGCAGAAGCCAUUCAGACAAUGAUAGAUUCAAACACCGAAACCGGUCUUUUUCGAGGUCUAAAUCCAAUUCAAGAUCACGAUCCAAGUCCCAGCCCAAGAAAGAAAUGAAGGCUAAGUCACGUUCUAGGUCUGCAUCUCACACCAAAACUAGAGGCACUUCUAAAACAGAUUCCAAAACACAUUAUAAGUCAGGCUCAAGAUACGAAAAGGAAUCAAGGAAAAAAGAACCAGCCAGAUCCAAAUCCCAGUCAAGAUCACAGUCUAGGUCUAGGUCAAAAUCUAGAUCAAGGUCCUGGACUAGUCCAAAGUCCAGUGGCCACUAACAGCAUAACCAUAAUGUUUUUAGGCAUGUAUCAUUCAUUUACUCAUAGUUCAGUUUACUAAAUUAUCAGGAAUACAAUGUUGCAACAGUGCUUUAAAAAAAAGACAAAAAAAAAACCCCAAAACUUUUACUUUUGUCAGUUUUCCCUGUAGCAAGCAAUGGUUAUAAUUAAAAUGAUAUACUGUUGAGAAGCCACUCUUAAGAGUCCAGUUUGUUAAAUGUCAUGGGCAGCUACCAAUUUGAUUGUGGUGUCUCUGUAUAUUUUUGUAAAGAUUCUCUUUUUUUAUGCUUGAAAUAUUGGUAAAAAGUUGUUAGUUGACCAUAAUUUGCAACAUUGUCCUAUUAGAAAUAAAGUUCAUAUCCAUGAAGUGAAAAUGGUAUCAAUUUGACAGAACAACUGUUUAAGCUAGAAAGUUAGGCUGUUCCUUGAAAUAUUGCCGUAACAAAAUGGAAAAAUAGCCACAGUAUAACACUGACUGCUAUGGCAUUUCAGGUUUACAGCCUGGGGGGCUGAGGGUUGGGAGGUUGCUUUUGACACUUCUGUGGCUAUAAUAUUCAUUGGUAUAUGGAGCAGUCUGGUGAUAAAAUUUUCUUGUCAGCUGAACCAUCUCAGGUAGAUGGUACCCACAAAAGAUGAGUUGGGUGUAAAGUCUUCAGGGAGAUUGAGUCUUUUCGACUAGAGCAGAGACUACUUUUGUCUGGUUUCUGAAUAUUUUGAAAAAUGAAAACAUCUGUAAUGUUAACUAAAAUUUGAGGUCAUAAUAGCAGCAGAAAUAUUUUUAGGAAAAAUGUGUGCUGUUUUUGUAGCUAUUCUGAAUUUUAGAGAGCUAAUAACCAUAAUAUUGCUUAGUUUUCUUACUACUGUUAGAGGCAAGUAAAUUGUUUCAAAGUAGAUUUUGUUUGUAUGUGUGUGUAUAUGUGUGUAUGGUGUGUGUGUGGGUGUGUGGGUGCAGUGUUUGUAAGAACUCAAUUUUGAUGCCAAUGAUGUUCGUUGUGUUCAUUUCUAUCAAUCUGCCCACCUCUUCCUGAGGGAGGCUUUCCUCUUUAUACUUAAGUUUAUUUAGGCAAGUUUCACAGAUAAUACCCUUAAGACCGAAGGUUAUUUCGAUACCAUAAAAUGGAAAAUAAUUACAAACAAAGGAGGUUUUAGAUUUAAGCAAGAACUGCAUCUCCAGGUUUUUAGUUGAUUUUUACAUGCAGUACUCAGCUAUUAAGAAAUGUGAACAUGGUACCAAGAUUAUUAUGUGGUAUCAAGUAUUUCUCUGAAAGGCAAGUAGUUUUGUUUUGAAACAAAAGUGACUUUUGAUAAGGUUCAACCUUAUUUUGGUGCAAGAAUUAGCAUCAUUACACCUUGGAUUUCUUGUUAAAUAUAAGCAUAGAGGUGUUGGUGGGGAAAGUUUCCUUUUAGAGACCUACUCUAUAAUAUCUUGGUUUUAGUUAUCUAGGCCAGGUGUGUAAAACAAACAAAAAAAAAAAAACAACAAAAGAUGGUUUUUAAAAUAUUAUUUGUGGAACAUACUUAAGGAAUUGAUUCUAGAAUCUUUGUACAUUUGAUAGUCUUUCUAACUUUUAUUUCUUUACUGUUUGCAGUUAAUGUUCAUGUUCUGCUAUGCAAUCAUUUAUAUGCACGUUUCUUUAAUUUUGUAGACUUUCCUGGAUGUAUAGUUUCAAAACAACGAAAAGUCUAUUUAAAACUGUAGCAAUAGCUGGCAGUUCUAGCAAAGGAAAGUUGUGGGGUUAAACUUUGUAUUUUCUUUCUUAUAGAAGCUUCUAAAAAGGUAUUUUUAUAUGUUCUUUUUAACAAAUAUUGUGUACAACCUUUAAAAACAUCAAUGUUUGGAUCAAAACAAAAAGACCCAGCUUAUUUUCUGCUUGCUGUAAAUUAAGCAAACAUGCUAUAAUAAAAACAAAAUGAAGGACAUCAUGACCAACUGGAAUUAUUACAGUUUUAAGCCAUGAUUCUGUAAUAGAAGCUUCUUUUUAAAAAUCAUACCAUGGUGAAAUGGACUUGGUAAUGAGUGUCUGUUAAUCUUAGCUACUUUUGAUUUUGAAUGUGACAGACUGAAAAAGAUACAUCUCUUGAUUGGUACCUUGACAUUACCUUAAGCAGCAGUGUAUUUCAUAGUUAUUUCAUGAAUACACAUUGUCUUCUCAAGUCAUUUUGUUGUCACCUGUUAGAUCUGAAAGGGAGCAGAGAACCAAGCAAGUGAAGUGACUCCUUUUACAGAAAAGGAAAUAGGCCCUGAAAGAUGAUUGAUCAGUUGUACAGUCACACAGCUAAGUGACAGAGCUGGACAAGAGAAGGCAUGGCCUUUUGGUUCAGCAUGUCUUCCAUUCUCCUACCCAUCCUGCUUCUCAUUUCACCAUGGCUUCAUUAUUUUAUCAGGACUGUUCUUCCAUUAUUUAGACAUAUCCUCCUAAUAAAAGUAGAGUAAACUUUUCAUUGAAAGUAAAGUCUUGAUCCCCAUUCCUUUGAAAUUCACCACCCUUACUGGUCCUCUGCCCUGAAACUUGGACUUGGAAAAUCCAUCACAAACUCUGUGGUCCUUCUAGUAAACUGUAUGGGAUAAUGGGUUAAAGUGGCUGGGCCCUUCCUUUUACAACAUGUGGCUUUCUUUCAAAGUAACAGAAAUCUUCUAUUUGUUUUUUAACAAAGACUCAUCAAGAGAAACAACAGGGUACUUUGAUUAGACCUGAAUUUAAUUGAACUCUUGUAUUUUGUGAGGCUGAUUAUUUCCUGGAAUUGAAAACUCUCCUUUGAUGUUGCCAUAUUCUACAUUUGAGUGAUUAGUGAUAUUUACAUGAAUUAUCUAUCUAUCUAGAGAAGAAGAACUUGGUGGUGAAUUAUCUGUAGUACAACAAAACAAAAAUUCAGUUUCCUCUGGUCUGAGGCUGAGUGUCUUCAUUUGGGAUCCCCUGAAAGCCUUAUUCUGUCCACACUUCCAUUGUCAUAUGUUUCCCUCUUAAGUAUAUAGCUCCACCCACAUUUCAGAAGACAUGGGCCAAACAAAGAAGUAGUUAGAAUGUUAGUCAUUUAAAAGUUCAAUUUUAAGUUAAGAAUUAGAAAUCCAUGUUGCUUGAGCUUUCCCAUCUCCUCAUUAUAUAGAAAGUGGUAGUGGCAGUGGGGUCUUUGGCUUUGAUUAAUUUUCUUGCUUUAUUAAAGCUAAAAUUAGGAAUAAUCAUUUUGCAGAGUUUUAAGCUUUUUCAGCCACUUAGAAUCAUAAACAUUUUCAACCAGAGAAGAUAAUGUAAUAGUCCCAAUUUUUUAUGAAGUAAUGGCAAACAUUUUACAGCAUGCACCCUAUUUGAUAAGCAUUGUACGAUAUAAUUUAUUAAUGGAGAAAAUGUCACAAGCUAAAGCUAUUAUGAAUUCACUAAAUUGCAUCUUAUUAAUCAGUGCAUCUGUAUCAAAAAAAAUGUCAGAGCACUUAUGUAAAAAAAGUGUGAUGUAUAAAACAUUUUAUUUUAUUGUGUGAACUUAGGAUAAUCAAGAUGAUCAAGUAAUGUGUUUCCAUGUCUCACAACUUAGUAAGCACUGGUAGUAUAAGGGCAGGCUUUUUAUUUUUUAGGUGGAGAAAUUGAGGCACAGAUUAGCAGAACUGGUAUUUGGGCCAAGUCUUGGUUCCCAGGCAAUCCAUUGAUUCCUUCAUAAAAGUUGGUUUUGUUUUAAAUAAACUUGAUAGCUUUGUAGAGUAUAAGACAUAAUGAAAAGCUAUAGCUAAAUAUCAACAAAUCAGCCUCAUUCUUAUGGAGUCAAUAACAUUGAUGUUACUAAUGAUCCUGAAAUAUAGAUCCCUAAGUUAAAAAUUCAAGUGUUUUCCUAUCAGCAACAAUGAAGAAAUGUAAUAAGUAAGGCUCAAAUCUGGUUGGCUUUACAAGCCACACACCAUCAAAUGUGAAUUUGUCUCCAAACAAAACAACUAAGCCAGUGUAAUCCAGGUAUAUUUUCUGUUCUCCUUUGUGGCUUUAGCAUAAUGGAAUUUGUAUCCAUUCCUACUUGAUAUAUUGGGAUGUAUUGAAGAGGGGAAGGGCUGUGAGGUUAUAUAGCCUUGUACUGUGUUUCUAAAUGGUGGGAGGAACACAACUUAGCUGUAAAGUACUUAGCUCCUUACCCUUUUCAUAAGAUUCAUCUUCAUAUGGAAGAGACUUUAGAUAUUUAAUAUUCUUUAAAGAUGUGAAAAAACAGUCUGGCAGAGGUUUGAAUUACAUACGCAAGAUCACAUAGUAAAGAACACAUUUGGUAUUCAGAUUCUGGUUCUGAUUCCAAAAUUCAUGUAUAGGAUCACUAUGUGAUCCUAAGAUUUCUUUAAUGUUCUUAAAAUUUUCCUCCUGAUGUCCUAUGAGGCAAGACAGUACGAGUGAGAAAACAAAUUCAAUGGGGAAAGGAUUUCUAGAUUGUCCCGAAAAAAUGUGGAUCCAGUUUGAAAUCCAAGGUUCUAUUUAUUUAAAUUGAUCAUCUUCUAUUUUUGUUAAAAGGUUUAGAUGUGGAGAUUGCAACUCUGUGAGUAGAUGGUUUAAUGAUCAAGACAAUUUUUUAAAUCAGUACUUCAAAAAAAUCUAUGGAUGGUACUAACUCUUCAAAUAUUAAAAGUAUUUUUCCUUAUUAUAACCCUAGAUAGAUAAUGUAAAUAUCCUCUUUAUAAAUGGGAAACUCAGACACUGACAGGUAAGUAACUAACCAUGGACAGAGCUUAUGUGAGGUGGUAGACUUUUGCUUUUUUCUCCCAGACUUCCAAGACCAGCAUUUUUCACUGUCCUGUAGCUACUCCUAGAACUGUAUUGUGAAUGAAUUCUGGUGCCUGUGCCAAAAUAGAGGGCAAGGAGGAGGAGUGCAGUGCAGAGAACAAUCCAGCUCAAUUGUAUAUAGUUGAACUUCUGAGAAGAAAGUAUAGAAGGAAAAAUCAAGAGGGUACUGAGGACAGGAGCAAUAGAACUGAGUUACUUCACAAGGCAGAGUGGUAACAGGUUUAAGGUGGGAAUGAGACUAUUGUGGAAUGGCCCUUCCAUAGUUGAAGGGACAAAGAUCCCUUUGUGUUACUUGUACUAGGCAAACUUUCAAAGGAAGCAAAGACAGCAAACAGACAAGUGAGCCUGGGACAGGACCUAAAACCCAAAG